AUGACUGGCAAAGAAGCCUUGGCCCAAAUGCUGGUAGCUGAAGGCUUGGAGUAUAUAUUCGGCAACCCGGGCACCAGCGAGACCCCUUUCCUUGACGUCCUGCAGGACUACCCCACCUUGCAGUACAUACAGGCUCUCCAGGAAGGAACCGCAGUCGGAAUGGCCGACGGCUAUGCCAGAGCGACGGGGCAACCGGCUUUCGCCAACAUUCACAUCGCCGGUGGCCUGGCCAACGGCGUCAGUGCCCUCUAUAACGCAUACCGGGGCGGCACCCCGUUGGUUCUAACGGCCGGCAACUCCGACACACGGAUGCUCCUGAGUGAACCGGUGUUGUCCGGUGACCUGGUGGAAAUGACCCAACAGUUCACCAAGUGGAGCGCCGAGGUGCCCAACGCCGCCAAUAUACCCAUGGCGGUACGCCGAGCCCUUCAAGGAAGCCAAGACUCCUCCCACCGGCCCGGUGUUUCUGUCCUUCCCGUGGGAUACCAUGGAUGA